GUGCUUCGGUUGGGCCACGCUCGGGGCGACCCCGUAGCUGGGAAUCUGAUGCGCUGGCACAUCACUGAUGUUGAAAUUGCUCUGACCCCAGGCAUCGCUCGUACUCUACAAUGUCGAAGGGUGAGUCGGGAUCUUUGAUUUUCGCCAUUGCAGUUCCGCAGUGUUGUUGGCGUUGGUCGCUUAACGCUGGGUGCUUGUAUAAGUCGACGGCACCAGCGGCUAGCACAACUCUCUGUCCUGCAACGCUGAGCUAUGCCCCUCGCCAGACAUCGCUGACCACAGCUUGCUGCUCCCUCCCCCCCGUCUCGGCCGAUUACACGCCCAAGGGCACGUACGGCAAGGUCGCUGGCCUUAAGGCGUACACUGUCGGCCCAGAGGACGCCAAGGCCGCCGUCCUCAUGGUCUACGACGUCUUCGGCUACUCGCCGCAGAUUCUCCAGGGUGAGUGAUAUGUGAGAGCAGCGAGGACGUAUUCGUACGGUGCUUUGGGUGUUUAGACGCCAGCAUGUCAGAAAGGGGCCCCCGACAUCCUCGCGAUGCUCGCAUCAGCAUCAAUGGUGAUGAUGACUAGGCAUGCGAUCGUGAAGGGUGACGGGAUUCGGCAUUCAUAC